CAGAGGAUAGCACAGCAAGUGAAGAAGAAGAAGAAAGAGGAGGAGGAGGAAGAAAAUUGAAAGAAGCUGACAGAUCAGUCGAUCAAGAUGAGCCGCGCCGAGUCACCUCACUGGAACGGUCUCAUGCACGAAAGGUGGGUGAGACGAGUUGCAGACACAAUCUACAUCUCAGCCAAAGCCAUGCAAAUAACUUGGGGCAAAGACGAAAGGUUCUGGAAGUGGCCUAGUCUCUCCAAAGACAAGCUCCCUAAAGAUUUUGCCAAACACCAACUCAGCUUUGACAGCGUCGCAGAGCUCAACCAGGUGAAAUGGCUUCAGGUAACAGGAACUCUGGAUCUGACAAGGCACGAUCGCCAGCUGAACCCGUCCAAGACUUACGAGAUCAUCUACCACGUUAAGUUCAAGGUGGACGCGUUUGGGUGGAGCAAAGCCCCGGUGACGUUUCUGUGCGGGGCAAGCAGGAUGAAGAAGAGGGGUAACGAGAUGGUGGCGCUGCAGAGGAGCAGAGGAGUCGGCGAGUGGCUACAAAUCCACGGAGGGGAGUUCAAGCCGGGGAAAUUCGCCGCCGGGAAGGUUGAGUUUGGGAUGCUCGAGGUGGUGAGCGAAUGGUGGAAGGGCGGCAUGGCCAUUGCAGGGGUCACCGUCAGGCCCAAAGGCACCAAGUGAAAUACGUUUGAGUUUGUGUGUGUGACGUAAUAUUUUCUAAUAUUUAAAAAUAAUGGAAAUAGAGUAACCAUCAAUUCCCUCUUUAAUUAUCAUCCCCAUGAAUGUGUUGACUUUUGA